UGCAGCACGAGAAACAACACAUGUGCAUAUUGCUUUUAACUUUACCGAAAGCUGCAUUUUCAGUGAAUAUUUUUCGAUACUCACGUCCGCGGAACUCAGGUUGGCUAAAAGCGAAACGCACCCGUACUGCUGCUGACGGCUCGGAGACAAACUAAUUGCUUUUGUAUGACUCCGUAAAUCUGUGCGGUGUGUAAUGUCCUCGUUGUGGGGGUGUGCAGCAACACGGGAGAAAGGAGAAGUGUCGGCUGAAUGCUGCAUGUUCUCCGUCCACCGUAGCGGUUCGUCUCUUUUUCCUUAUCCGACAACUUCAGCCGCGUUACCGAAAGGGGGGAGACGCGCUGCAGCAUCUCCGUAUCCUCGUUUUGUUUUGACAGCGCCCUUCAGAACCUCAGCCUCCAUUUAAACCACCUCGUUCUUGAGUUAAGAAUGAAUACGAGUGGCACGCUGUGGGAACUACUGCGUUUUUGUUUGUUGCUUUACGACCAGAGCUCAAAGUUGAAAGCGACUGAAGCCGUAUUGGAUGUAGAUUCUCGCCGGCUGCUUUGGCAUGACGGUUAUUCCCCGCUGGACGGACGGCCGAUCUGUUCAUUAACUUAUUCGACAAAUCGUUCUCUGUUGUAAUAGUUUGACUGAUAGCUUCUGUAGGCUACCUGUGUCGUGCAAAUAAAUGACCUGAGGUAAAUGGCUUGCAUGGUUUAUUUGUUGCCUAGGUGGCGUUCACAGUCAGGAAGUCAUGUCCAGAUCGGGUGAUAGAACAUCCACCUUUGACCCAACACACAGUGACACCCUGCUGCAUGGGCUCAACCUCUUAUGGAGAAAACAGCUUUUCUGUGAUGUGACUCUCACUGCCCAGGGACAGCAGUUCCACUGCCACAAAGCUGUGUUGGCAUCCUGCUCCCAGUAUUUCAGAUCUCUCUUCUCCUCCCAUAAUGUAAUCAACAAUGAGGGAAGCAAAGGGGACCAGGGCAGUAGUGGGACCCCUUCAUCCUCUCCUGAUGACAAGCUGGUGACCCCCAGUGCCAGGCCUAUCAAUAACCUGGUACUCCAGGGCUGCUCCUCCAUUGGACUACGAUUAGUGCUGGAGUACCUGUAUACUGCCAAUGUUACUCUUUCCCUGGACACAGUGGAAGAGGUGCUGUCAGUCAGCAAGAUCCUCAACAUCCCCCAGAUUACCAAGCUUAGUGUGCAGUUCCUCAAUGACCAGAUCUCUGUGCAGAACUACAAGCAGAUCUGCAAGAUUGCUGCACUCCAUGGACUGGAUGAGACCAAGAAACUGGCCAACAAGUACCUGGUGGAGGACGUGCUGCUGCUGAACUUUGAGGAGAUGUGUGCCAUGCUAGAUGCUCUGCCACCCCCGGUGGAGUCAGAGCUGGCUCUCUUCCAGAUGUCAGUCCUCUGGCUGGAGCAUGACCGGGAGACUCGCAUGCACUAUGCACCGGACCUUAUGAAGAGGCUGCGCUUUGCCCUUAUACCUGCCCCAGAGCUGGUGGAGAGGGUGCAGUCUGUUGACUUCAUGAGGAGUGACCCUGUGUGCCAGAAACUACUCCUGGAUGCCAUGAACUACCACCUAAUGCCCUUCAGGCAGCACUGCAGGCAGACCAUGGCCAGCAGAAUCCGUUCCAAUAAGAGGAUGCUGUUACUGGUGGGUGGUUUGCCUCCUGGACCUGAUCGUCUCCCCAGCAAUUUGGUCCAGUACUAUGAUGACGAUAAAAAGACAUGGAAGAUCCUCACAAUAAUGCCUUACAACAGCGCACAUCACUGCGUGGUGGAGGUGGAGAACUUCCUGCUGCUGCUGGGCGGAGAGGACCAGUGGAACCCCAACGGAAAGCACAGCACUAAUUUUGUCAGCCGCUAUGAUCCCAGAUUCAACAGCUGGAUACAGCUGCCUCCUAUGCAGGAGAGGAGAGCCAGUUUCUUUGCCUGCCGCCUGGAUAAGCACCUGUACGUGAUUGGAGGUAGGAACGAGACGGGCUACCUGUCCAGUGUGGAGUCCUACAACCUGGAGACGAAUGAGUGGAACUAUGUGUCGUCUCUGCCGCAGCCUCUGGCCGCCCAUGCAGGAGCUGUACACAACGGCAAGAUCUACAUAUCAGGAGGAGUGCACAAUGGCGAGUAUGUGUCCUGGCUCUACUGUUAUGACCCUAUAAUGGAUGUGUGGGCUAGGAAACAGGAUAUGAACACAAAGCGUGCCAUUCAUGCCCUGGCUGGAAUGAAUGAUCGCCUAUAUGCUAUUGGUGGAAACCAUUUGAAAGGCUUCUCCCAUCUAGACGUAAUGCUGGUUGAGUGUUACGACCCAAAAGCUGACCAGUGGAACAUCCUGCAGACGCCCAUCCUGGAGGGUCGCAGUGGUCCAGGCUGUGCCGUUUUGGAUGACAGUAUCUUCCUUGUGGGGGGCUACAGCUGGAGCAUGGGGGCCUAUAAGUCUUCGACCAUCUGCUACAGCCCAGAAAAAGGAACAUGGACAGAGUUGGAGGGAGAGGUGGCAGAGCCUUUGGCGGGCCCAGCCUGUUCCACCGUCAUACUGCCCGCCUGCCUUCCUUUUAACAAAUGACAACUAAUCCAACUGAUGGGUGGUGAGGGUGAGGAGCAGCAGAGUGACUGGGGGGAGGACCACCAAUAAGCAAAACAGUCGUCGACGAUUUUGUGACAAACCCUGCAGUCGUACGUUGGGGGUGUGUAUAAAUUAUUUUUUUACAGGUUUGACCAGAGCACUUUCGUUAUUCUCUACUGAAGAAUUGAGAAAAAAAAAUAAUUGUGUAACUCAUGUAUUUAAACUCAUCUGUGUUCUGAGAAAUGGUCAGUUCCAUAUUUGAUUUAAUUUAAACGGAUAGUAAAUGUUUUUGGCUUCUCUUCUAUAGCACGCAUAGUGUUGAGCUGAAUUAUAGCUUUCAAAUCCAUUGUAUCUUGUAUUCAGUAGCGGCAUAAUUCCAGCAAAAUGCAGUGUUGUUUCAUCAGCCGACUUUGGGAGAUUAAGUUACACCAGGGCUGGGUGAGUUGCAUUAACUGUGAUGAUCAAAGUGUAUAAAUAUUCUUCAUCACUUACGUUACUACUCAUCGUUCUUUGACUGGAUUGCUCACCUAUCCCGGAGUAUUACCUGGUUCGAUAAUUAUUAACAGUUUUGUUGUCUUUUUCUGAAAAUGAACACAAAAAGGGACAUUUCUGGAACACUUUUCCUAACAGCUGUCAUUAUUUAUCUGAUGUGAUGUGAACAGAAGUGCAUACCUGGAAGCAGGUAUAAAGGGGUCCAAGCACUCAGCAAGCAACCAGGACACUGUAAAAAAGACAUAUUUAUACAGUGACCUUUAUGUGGAUGUGUCCAGAUCACCCAGCCCUAAUUUUUAAACUAUUGUCUUAAUAAUGUACACCCAGACUGAGGUUUCUGUGCAACUUGCCGAACAAAGAGUUCUGUACAAGUUAUCUGCUUGACACAAAAAUCUUGCCUAAUGUUUGUGGCAACUAUUCUUCACGCUACAGACAAGACAAUUUAAAGAUUACCAUUAAUUCUUAAUAUUCCUAUGAGGCACUAAUGGUAAUUACACAAUGAUAGUACAAUCAAAUUCUAAUUGCUAGCCAGUAUAUUUCAGGGUAGCAUGUUUGGGUAAACGGAUGAACUCAUGUAGAGGACAUUUGUUUAAUUUGUCCUUCUGUACAAGCUAAUGUUAAGCAGCCUAUUUAUGAGGCCACAACGCAUUACCUUGGUGAGAUUUUAAUCUUUAAUGUAUGAAAAACAAACAAGCAAACAGUGGUCUUUAAUGCACUAAUAGUGAACUUUUAAUUCAGCAAACGAAGUUCACUGAAAUGUAAAUGAAUUAAUGUGCUGUGUUUAAAAAAAAAAGAGAUAUCUUCAGUACAAAUGAAUCUAAGUCCAGUCUUGUCUACGUUAUUAGGUUCAAAACCCUAACUCUAAGUAUUAAUGCAGUACCUGUUGAAUUCUGUAAAAAAAAAAAUCUUGAUUUCAUUCUUGUACAUAAUCGCCUGCAGUGAAACAUUUUUGUGCACUCAACCUUGGAUUUAUUCUCAAAUCCUGUUAUGUCCUUUGCAUUUUAGAAUAUGAAAAUAAAAUGACUCUUGAUGA